UAUUAAAUUCUUGAUAGCUCAGUUAUCAUCAAACAUUCGUCGGCAGCAGUUGGUUUUAGUUCCUCAAAAUCUAGAUAAGCAUCAAAAUGCGCGCACAAAACGGAAGACUUUGGUCGACUUUGCACGAGGGAAAGUAUGAGGUGCGUAGUCUAACAGAGGCCGAUUUGGAGGAAGCUCUUAAUGUUUUGGACGAUGCAUUCUUCAACAAGGAAUCAGUUUGCAUUGCAUGCGAAAUCGACUUGCCAGAAAAUGUUCAGGCGCGACGAGAGUUGCGGGAGCUGUCCCGAGUUUCAGCUCUGGAUGGAGUUUCCUUGGUUAUGAAACACGUGGAGAGUGGACGUAUUGUGGCAGUGUCCUUCAAUAAAUUGAUGUUUACACCACCGCCUGGAGAAGACCCAUUCUUUGUCAAGUUCAGGGAUGAACAGGUGCAUAGUCCCCAGGCGCAGUGUCUAAUGAAUUAUAUGAUAGCAAUCGAGUCAAAGGUUGACAUAUGUGCUCUGUACAACAUUGAUUGCUCGUGUGAGCUUAUGUUUUUGGGUACGCUGCCGGAAUACGGACGGCUCGGACUUGCACGCGCUCUAACCGAAGCCACAGUUCAAUUGGCACAUGAAUUGAAUCAGGGUCAAGGCUUGGACGAUGUGGCUGAAGAGUUACGCGAUAAGAGGCCUGUGGCAGUCACAGCACUAUGGACAUCCGUGUUUACUCAGAAGAUUGGCAAGGCAGUGGGUUUCAAGGUGGUCAACUCUGUGCCAUUUAAUGAGUUUGAAUAUAACGGCAAACGCUUCGAUGAGCGCAUUGAUCCUCUCCAUACAUUCUCUGAGCAAGCUGUUUACACGUUUUAAGAAAUUUCAGUGUGUUAAAUCAAUAUUGAACAAAUUAGAAAUUAAAAUUAAAUAGGAAAUUGUAAAAAAAAAA